CAUGAACCUUUUUGCAGAAUUUGUUAAUCUUCAUUAUUCACCAACUCCAUAAUAAUAAGAACUUUUAGAACAAACAAAUAUUGAGAACUUAUUAUAACCAUAAGUAGAAUAAACAAAUGAAUUGAAAUUUAAAGAACUUUUAGACUCUUAUUUAGAUUCCUAUAAUAAUACUUAACCUCCAAAAAUAAAGGAUCCUCUUGAGAGAUUUCAUUUACCAAUAUCAGAAUGGGUAGAUUAAACAGUAUUUUUAUGGGAAUUCCCUUAAGAUGUGUUGGGCCAAUUAAAUAGAGGAUACUUUAAAUUAUAAAAUAUAAAACACAAUCAUGGUUAAUAAUAAGUAAUGUUAACUCAAUAACUCAAAACAAGUUAAGAGAAUAUAGAAAAAAGUAAUUUAUAAAUGAACUUAUCCAAAUAUAUUGAAUAUAUAUAGGAUCCAAUAGAUUUCUUUUAUAAAAAUAAGCAAUAUCAUCCUAAUAAAAUAUUAUCUUUGUUUGAUUUAUAAAUUGAGAGUUGGGAAGAAGAGUCAUACAAAUUAUAUGAAUAUUUACCUUAAUGUUUUCUUAAAGAAGAUGGGUUAAGUUAUUUAAGAAAUAAAAUAAAGAAUAUUAAUUAACUUUUACUUAAUAUUCUCUCUCCAGGAAGUUGGUAAGGUAUUAAAUAAGAAUCUGGAGCAGUUAAUUUACUUAAUCUAAAUCAUGGACCUGGUGAUUGUUUAUGGACAGUUAUAGAUCCAGAAUAUAUUGAAAUGUUGUUUUCUAAAGAAACUCAUUUUAUAUUAUAGGAAGGUAAUCAUUAUUUAAAAAGAGAAUUAUUAAAAAAAUAUGAUAUUCCUUAUAAAAGAUUUAUUUAAAGACCUGGAGAUCUUGUUGUUUUAGGUGCUGGAUCUUUUUAUUAAAUAGAAUCAUUAUAAACAACUAUUACAACUGGUUGGAGUUAUUUAGCUAUGAAUUCAUAUUCUUAUAAAUAAAUGAUGAAGAGACAAAAAAUUAAUAUUAAAUAUUCAAUUAAACCAGAACUCCCUCUUAAAAACCUAUUUUUAGAUAUUUUUAUUCAUCAUCAUAAUGAAUAAUUAAAAAUCUAUCUUUAAGAAUUUCUUACAUAAGAAUUAGAAGUUAUUAAAUAAUAUUAACAUAAAAAGAAAAUAUACUCAAUAGAUAUUAAUUAUUCUCUAAGAAAACAUUACUUUUGCACUGAAUGCAAAGAAGAAAUAUUUUUAUGUUGUUAUAAAAAUUAAUAAAAAGUCUUUUGCUUAUAAUGUGACAAAGUUAAAUAUUAUUAGGUAUAAUGUAAAUACAAUAUUAAUAUCUUAUAAUUAAUUCUAUCUUCUUAGGAUAAAAUUAAAUGUUCUUAUCAUUAUUGUUCAUAAUCAGAAUAAUAAAAUACAAAAUGUAUUGCAAAAUUUAAAUAAUAAAAAAAAAAGAAACCUACUAGUCCUUAAUCAAUAAAAGAAAGUUCUACAUCCAAUAUAGAAAAUGUACUAAGAUAAAAAAGCUAUAUUUAAGAAGAAGAAAAGGAAUCCAAUUAAUAAAAAUUAAAUAAUAAAUAAGAUCAAAAACAAAAUAAAAAAUAAGAAGUAGUUGUUAAACUAGAAUCAACUAAAUCAAAAAAAUAAAUCAAUUUAAAAACACUUAAAAUUAAUAAGAUUAAAAAUAUCUAAAACUAAAAAACAAUUGAAAUUCCUAAUGAAAAUAAUGAAAUUAUUUAAAUUGUUGAUGAGCCUCCAAAUCUUUAAACUUAUGCAAUUACAACCAGAAAAAGAUAAUAAAUAUUGGAAAAUAUAAGAGAUGAAGAUCUAAAGAAAACAAAAUAAAUAUUUACAAAACCAGUUAUUAAAUCAGAUAAAUAAAAAAAAAAAUUCACAUCUAUUUAUAAGAAAGCAAGAUUAUCAGAAGAAGAAAUGAAUGAAAUUUUAGGUCUCUAAAGUUAAUAAACUUAAGAAAGAAUUUAUAAGAAAGGAGAGAAAAUAUUAACACUUUGA